AUGACGUCGAUGAUAUUUGCCGGAAACACGGACCAGGACACUGUUGUAUCAGCCAUGUUGCCAAAGCAGGUGGCCGCCCUCUGCGUCAGGAUCAACCCAGUAAUUUGGGAGUCGUUUAUUGCCCUCCGAUUUGACAUUCUUGACUGUCAAGACAAUCAACAGAAACGCGUCCUACUGCAUGGAGAUGGUGACAUUGCAGCGGCUGUCCAGCUACUUUCAACUGAAGUAAACCGACUGACCACUCAGAAUAAUCAACUCGCCACUGAGGUCAACCGACUGACCACUCAGAAUAACCAGCUCACCACUGAUGUCAACCGACUAACCACUCAGAAUAAUCAGCUCACCAAUGAGGUCAACGAACUAGCAACUGUUGUCUUUUCAGGUGCUGUCUACGUUAGAUGGGGGCGAACAACAUGCCCGACAACUGGAACAGAUCUUCUGUAUACUGGUUACGCUGCUGGGAAUUAUUUCAACCAAGAAGGUGCGGCAGAUUACGUUUGCUUGACAUCCGAACCAAUAUGGGGCGUCUACGACGACGCUGCACAACCUCUUUCGGCUAAAAUGUUUGGAACUGAAUAUCAGUUUGGGCAACAGUCAUACGUUAACGGCGGAGCGCGAUUUUUUGGCAAAACUCUUCUCGACCAUGACGCUCCUUGCGCAGUUUGUCACACUUCUCGACAAGCCACCGUUAUGAUCCCCGGCAGAAACCAAUGCUACCCUGGAUGGACAAAGGAAUACUCUGGCUAUCUAGUCUCUGGCCUGUCAGGAAUUAGCGGACAUAAGUCACCGACCAACUACGCUUGUCUAGAUGCUGACGCAGAAUACGAAAUUGGGGACCACUUUAGCAACGACGGGAAGUUGAUGUUUCUUGUUGAGGGCAUGUGCGGGUCUUUUCCUUGUCCACCGUAUGUUGAUCAUCGUGAAUUAACGUGUGUUGUCUGCAGCAAAUAAAACUUAAUAAAACAA